AUUCAUCAUUUGCCUUCUAACAUGAGAGGAGCGCGCGCGCGUCCGCCGGGCCACAUUUCAAACGAAACGUAAACGCGAUCGUAAACGUUUUCACCGAUUGAUAACUAUUGUUUUGUGACGUGUUUUUGUGGGGUUCAAAGUAAUGGAGUGUUAUUGAUUUCUCACGGUUGUUCCCAAUCCCUGAGUAUCCUGAGCUGGAGUCUGAGCGAGGCAUGUGGUCGUCGGCCCUCGCCGCCAUCUUGACGACCCUUCGGUACCUGGCGCCGGCGACGCUGCUGACUCUGUUCUGGGGGCAGCAGAGCUUCUUGUUCAAGCUACUGAAGCACAUUGACUCGGCUUUUAGAGCUAUAGUAUUCUCGAGCGAAGAACAGAAGCAAUCAGUGCUGCAAUGGCUAGCCGAAGCAGGGCCGGUGCGCGUGGAGCGUUUGGACACGGUCUGGCGACACGGGUGGCUGGUGUGCGGAGUGUUAGAUGCGGCGCUACCAGGCGCCUGCGCUGGCCACCCGCCCACUAGGCUGUCUCUACAACACGCGCAGGCCAUCGCCGACCACUAUCUUGGUGUUGAACCGGUAUUCUCCAGACAAGAGCUGGAAAGUAACGACGCACUAAGCAAACAUCAAGAAUGGAAGCUCGCUACCUACUUAGACCGCAUCCGCCAAUCGCUGGCAAAACUAACACCGCCAGUCUCCAAGCCAGGAUCUCAGAGGACCUCACCGGAGACCUCGCACUUCACCCUCGACUACGUCGCAAGGGGCUCGGGCUUAGCAGCAGCCCAAGUAAACAACAAAGUGAACUUCAAAGUCUACCCAACUGCCCAACAAUCAUUAGAUCCAGGAGAAAUCACGAUACUCAUACGAGGCCCCAAAGACACGUACGGAAUGACAGUACUACCACCAGUAUUAGGUAAAGCGCAGUUGAUCAGACAAAAAUUACUGGGCCUGCAAACCAAACCUAACUACACGGAAAACGUUUUACCGAUUACGCAAGGCGCUACUUACUUACGGUCGUACGGCAAAAAUGAUAUGAAUAAAACUUAUUACAUUCCAAAAACCAAAUAUGAUAUCGAAAUCGAAGCGGACACGCGAUCUGAUCACACGAAGAUCAGUUAUACGGUGCAUCUCGAGGGGAGAUACGAAAUUUCUAUCACAAGUAGAGGACAAAGUAUUGUUGGGUCACCGUUUUCAGUGACGGCGUCUAAAAACAUCAUCAGUAUCUUGGAAAAUGAGAGUUUCUGUUUAGAAGAUGGAGAAGAAAUAGACAUAGUUGACGUAAAAACCGACAGAAAAGUUGUUCUCAGAAUAGUUGACUUUGUCACUGAGAAAAUGUUGCUAAAGGAAAAUGGGACACUGGAGAAAAUUACUGCAGAUGAAGCAAGGAUUUUAAUGACAACUGAAACUAAUGAAUAUGAAGAACUAGCUGGAAAAACUAAUAUCGGCAACAAAAGCAUCAUAAAUGAAGAGCUGAUUGAAAAGAAAACGGAAAAAUUCAAAACAAUAGCUCAAAAGGUGGUCAUGCAAAAUCGUGUUUGUAAAGCAUUCAGUGAUCACUUAGAGGAGAAGAAACAAGCAAUGAAAAAAGAAAAGAAAUUUAUUAGACCACGUAGCCAACAAGAUAUACCUGAUAUAGUAAAUUCAACGUUUAGUGAAUCGAAUUUCAACCCAUUUACUAUGUCUGACGUCAGAGACAAAUACAUCAUUCCUGAAAAUAUAUCAGUUUCACUAAAGACUGAAAAACCAUACGAAGAAGAUAUCACAGUAGAAAAUGUGCCAGAACUAAUAACUGAAACUAAAAAAUAUAAUAGUUCCAUUGAGAAUUUAUCUGAAGGUAUUCAAGACAGCAAAUUGAUUUCAUAUGAUGAACAAGAAGAAGACGACAUCUUGAUGGCAAUGUCAUCAUCACCCAGUAGCAGUAAUCCCUUCUUGGUAGAUACUUAUGAGGACAGCUUUGCGACAGAAAAGAACCUAGGUACUUUUGUACCCAGUGAGUUUGAAACAAACAACUCACAAAAUGAAGAAACACCUGAAACACCUAUCAAGAUAUUAAUUGACGAAAAUACACCAUCACCGAAUCAUAAGAAUCCUUUUGUUGAUCUGGACAUUAUUCAACUUGAGAGGCCUAAAACACCAGUACUAAAAAUAAUCACAGGUGAAGUAAAAAAUCGCGACGAUUCAGUGUAUGUAGAUCCAAAAACUGAAAUGUUGACAGAAGAAAUGCUUGGUAACGAAUUUAUUAAUCCAUUUUUUGUUCACCAACAUCUUCAAACAGGACUUCAUGAAUCUCUUCCAAUCACCGACUUUAUAAUAGGUGCGCCAGUUUCGCUGCCGCCUGUAAUAAGAGCAUCGUCACCAGCGCCUCCUAUGGAUUCCUUAAUUAUAACCAGUGAUAAUGAAAAUAUAACUGUCAUAAAAACGUAUGAUCUUCAUGGCCAAAAAGACAAGACAAAAUCAGUAAAUGCAGAAUCCAAUUCUGAAUUUUCAACACCCCUACACAAUAAUCUUACACCCAUUUGCAAGAUUGAUAGCCAGUCUGCAACUUCCUCGACAUUUCACAGUUUGGAUUCAGAGUUUGUAGAAAUUGUGAACGAGUCUAAAACUGAACUUGAACCCUAUCAAAUCGAAGCUAUGUCUUGCAAUAGAGAUAAUAUCACACCAAAAAAAGAUAUAUGGGAUUCUGCGUAUGUAAGUAUUGAUGACAAUAAUAGUUCACCUGAUAGCAAUAAUAACGAUAACGCAUGUGACACAUUGAGUAAACAAAAGUUUUCUCCUAGUGACGACUCAUUGGGGCUAAAACAAGAAGACUUUACCAAUAUGGGUCCAGCUGAGAGAGAACUUUGGCAGACAUGUAAUGAAUUAAAAGACGAUGUUGGCAAGACAAAGAUAGAAGAAGUGAGGCCAAACAAGUGGGAAAUACGAAAACCAAUGUUUACACCGAUCAUCGAAGAGAGUGACAGAAGCCUUUCAUCGGGUAUAAAAGAUAUAAGGGUCGAAACAUCACAGUCUAAACCUGGCGAGACGGAUCCGAUCACAGUGGCAUUUGCCGAACUUAAUGAUAUGUAUCACGACUACUUCCCUAAUUCCGAAACUGAGUCCACAACGACAAAUAACGAAGACAAUAAACUUCAGAGCUUGGAAGUAGUUUAUACUAUUGAAUCAAAUGAUGGUGUCGAUUCUGCGUCUGAAACGAUAACAGAUGUGAAGAGACAUGCGAACGAAUUAGAAGGCAAGAUUUCUGAGGUUCAGGCAAAUGUCACUGAAUCGGUUUCAGUAAGUCAGACCCUUCAAAACCAAAAAACAACUGACGAUGAUAGAAAUAACGAUGAAACUCAAUUCGGUGAAAAUCGAACUAAUAUUGUACUUGAAAAGAAGAAGUACUGGGAUGACCGUAUCCGCCAAAUAGAAGCAAAAUCACAAGAAAUGACAACGCUACAAAAGAAAAGGCGUUGGUCGUCUAAGCAGUUGAGACAAAACGACUCAUUGACCAAAAGACGUGGAAAACAAAUAGUCAAAAACUUUUUGAGUGCAGGUGAUAUUCAUCUAUCACCCAAUUCAUCACCUGAAAAUAACGAAAUGAGAAAUGAAAUUCCUUCUAUUGGAUACGUCUCCUUAGACGAUACUAGAUCAGACGAGAAACUUGUAAAUAAAUGGAAGAAAUAUUGGGACGAUAAGUUGGAAACAGAGAAGAAUGAGACAGAAACAACAUGUUUCCGAGUCAAAUCUCCUAAAACUAAGACUCAAGAUAUUUCACAACAAGACACCAAACAAAGUUAUGAUGAUAUAAAACUCUUGGAGGAAAAAACCGAUGACUACAAGCCAAGAUCAGCCACUCUACCUGUCAAACAGGAACUACCAGAAGAAGUUUACAAAGCAUUUGAAACAAGUCCUAAGAGAUUUUUCGGUACCUCAAGAAAACAAAUUUUGAAUAAAAUUGAUACUUUUUUAGGAAAACCAAACACCGAAGAUAAAUCGUCGGUAGAUAUUAGCGGUGCUACUAAUGAGUGUCACGACAGUGGCUUAGUAUCUAGUCGAAUAUCAUUAUUCCAUAGCAUAUCACACACAGAAAAGACCCCAUGGGCUCGAACUAAAAGUAAGUCAUUGCAUAAUAUUUAUCAAAGAAAAGACAGUGAUAAGGGCUCUGGAAUAAUUGAAGAAAUGAAGGAAAUCGCAGGUAAUAAAAUUGAAAAUAUUCUAGCAGCUAAAGUGGAAAAGAUCGAUGCAGGUAAAGAACAAUGUGCAGAACCAGGUACAUUUUCCUUGAAAGAAAAAAGAAGCAGGAUUGCAUCGAAUGCUUUUAAUAAGAGCUUUGACGAAACUCUCUCAAACACAACUUCCACUGAAACUGCAAAAGAAAAGCAUUACGUAAAAAACACAAUAAAAGAUAUGACCAAGCAGACUCAAAAUCGGCAGAAAUACAAAAAGACAGUUGAACUCCGUAGUAAGACGUUUAGUAAAUCUGAAAUGGACAUUUUCAACAAAGCGACAUGCCAAGCUGAAGAUGACGGUCUAGAUAAAUACAAGUCAUGUGAUGAGCUGCCUAAAAUCAACGUCAAAAACUUUAUUUCUCUGUUCGAAAGUGUAUCUAAGACUUCAGUUGAGUCAAAGUCUACAAAGAAGAUUAGUAAGAUGGGUUCGGAUUCGCAUUCUAACAAAGACAGUGCACAUUCAGGUGCUGUCAACAAACCGGUUCCACGAAUUCGACCAGAGACUACAGGGAAUCAAGCUGAAGAAUCGAAUUCUGAAUCACCAUCUCUGUCUUCAAGAAAACAUUGGAAUAUAAGCUAUGAGAGCGUUAGCAGUGCAUGUACUGACGCCAAAAGUAUCCCUGAAUCAAUCGACAUUGAAAUAAUCUCAAAUCAAGAUAAGGAGACGACACACUUGAGUCUAUCUGAUAUAGAAUUAGAGAUUGUAGAAAGCAGCCCUGAUAAAUCAUCGGAGUCAUCACCAAAAAGAAACCCCGAAUCAGAGCAAAAGGAUUACAAAUCUCGAUUCAAAAUGGCAAAAGAAUAUUUCCAGUCAUUGGAAGAACUCAGAGAAGUAAAGAAACCUCGCAAAUUGAACGAAUGCGAGCAACUACUGAAAAAAAAAUCAUCAUCAACCGAAUCAACUGAAUCUCUAGAAAAUAGUCGUCCAAAGAACAGAGUAAAGAAAAAUAUAAAAUCACACUCGAUGCCGUCGUCUGAAAUAUCUAAAAUCUGGAAUCAAUUACAAGAUCAGCAAGAGGAAGCUGGUGCGUCAAAACUAGUUAAAAUAUCUGAGAAAUUUAACGUAGACGAUUUAUUUAAUGACGUCAUGGAAGGGAGAUUGAGUCGCCAGGGCAGUUUGAGGGGUAUACCACACAAGAAAGCCGUACUCGAGGCGUUUAGGUCAAUGGAGAAUAUCACAGACAACAAACUAAGUCCAUACGAGAUCGCGGUUUCCCAACUGAACGAUUUUGCUAAGGAAAACCAAAUAAAGAAUGCGCAGACCUAUUUGACAGAAUACCCAUUUUUGCCGACAACUGAUCCGUCCAAAUACCAUUCUAGAUUAGAUGCUAAAGCUACUGGUCUUAUAUCGUUUAAGGAACUAUUAGAUAAGAGACCACGAAGGAACAGUGUGCCAGAUCUAAGGUUAAACCCUGCGUUCACAGUAGACGUAUAAAUAACCGUACCUAUAUUAUAUUUAGCGGGCUAAGCAAUGAUGACAGUAUUCGUAGAUUUUUUAGGUUUACUCAGUUUUUUAUUUGAACCAAUUAAAUCCUUUAUAAUAAGAAUAACAGCAAUAACUUGCAAAUAAUUAACAGUAAGUUAACUACAGUUAAUUAGUAUCGUGUGUCCCUUCUCUUCAUAAGUGGUCAUAAUAAUUUAAUAUUUUUAAGUUAUUGUACAAUUGUACAGAUAUUGAAUCUAACUUAAUGAUUAAGUAUUAUUGUGUUUCUAUUGUAACUAUUUAUUUUAAAAUAAAUUACUUUAAUGUCU